GGGGUCCGGUGGCGGCCACCGUGGCCGCUCCCCGCCCCCUCCCGCCUCCCGCCGGCGCUCCCGGGGCGCGGGGCGGGUGGAGGCGGGGGCGCCGCCUGCGGGUGCGGGGCUUGCGGCGCUGGCUGGCUCAGGGAGCCGGCGGCCCGAACCUCCUCCUGGCCGGCCUCCGCCCGCGCACUGGUCGUGCGCGGCGCUGCCUCUUGGGCCACGGAGGGACAGGCGGGCGCCGGGUCCCGGGUCUCGGGUCCGGGCUCCAGCCGAGAGAUCGCGGAUUGGCCGUGAGGAGACAGUGGGCCAGCCCUCUCGUGUGGGCUAGUCGGUCCCUGGGUGGGGGUCGUCUCUCCGGUGUGUCCGCCUGGUUCCGGCCCCCGCGUCCUUCCCUGUCGCAGCGCAGAGCCUCUGUUAUGCACCUAAAGCCAUACUGGAAACCCCAGAAGAAAGUGCCACCUCUGGGAACCAGCAAGGAAACUCUGAGAACUCCUACGAGCCACCAAGAGGCUGUAAAUGAUGACAGAUGCAAAGCUAGCUACAUGAAACCAAGUGUCUUUCCUUCCACCUCUCUUGACAGAGCACCAUCUCAAAAGCCUUUUGAAAUUUCUCCAGAUGUUUUGUGCAAUAUGAGCGGGAAGAGUCCUGCAGAGAGCAGCCUGAAUGUGAAGACCAAGAAGAAUGCCCUGCCCGCCACAAUCCACCAGGGUGAGGGAGGAGAAGGGCCGCUAGAUAUCUGGGCUGUUGUGAAACCUGGAAAUACCAAGGAGAAAAUUGCAUUCUUUGCAGCCCACCAGUGUAGCAGUAGGAUAGGAUCUAUGAAAAUAAAAAGCUCCUGGGAUAUUGAUGGGAGAGCUACUAAAAGGAGGAAAAAAUCAGGGCAUCUUAAAAAAGUCAAGAUACAGUUAGAAAGGAUGAGGGAUGUCAACAGCAGGUGCUACCAGCCUGAGCCUUUUGCCUGUGGCAUCGAGCACUGUUCUGUGCAUUAUGUGGGUGAUGGCGGGGAUGGCAUCUGUGCUGGGAGGCCUCUGUCAGUCAUACAGAUGGUUGCCUUCCUCGAGCAGAGAGCCAGUGCUCUGCUAGCCAGUUGUGCAAAAAACUGCAGUAACUCACCUGCUGUGGUGAGGUUUUCUGGGCAUCCCAGAAGUGUGAUGCCAGCCUCCGAGCCCUUCUCUGCCCCAGGAGCUUGUGAAGAACCCACAGAAAAGGGAAAUCCUGAGGUUGGUGAACCACAGAGUGAGCCAGUCCGUGUCCUUGACAUGGUAGCCAGACUGGAGUCCGAGUGCCUGAAGCAGCAGAGCCAGCGUGAGCCUGGAAGCCUCUCGAGGAAUAACAGCUUCCGUCGCCACGUAGGUCGGGUGUUGCUUGCAAGUGGCACUCAGGCUGAUGAAAGCAAGACAAACAAAGGCACCUUGGAGACCCCCGACACUCAGGUGGAUCCUGUGGAGCCGGGGUCUGUGGACAGCAGCCCGUCAGGAGCUGACCACUGUACUCCUGAGGGGGACCAGGCCUGGGGCAGCGCUCUGCCAAGCUGUCCCUCACUGCCAGCAGGUGUGAGUUUCUCUAUGGACAGUGCUGAAGUGGAGCCAGAUCAGCAGACUUCCUUGAAAAACAGCACUAGAUAUGAUGUGGAAAUGACAGAGGAACUUGUCGGGUUGCCUUUCCCUCCUCACACCAGUCCCGAAGCCAUUGAAUUGCCCACAGGUGCUGUUGACUGUAUAAGUAGAGAGCUUGUGCCCCUUACUAGCCAAAAUCUUGAUCAGAGAAGGAAAGAAUCUUUGUGCAUUAGUAUCACUGUGUCCAAGGUAGAGAAAGACCAGCCUUCUGGUUUAAAGCCCUGUGAAGACCCACUUCCAGGGAUACUGUUUUUUUUGCCGUUGGAUCAGCGCCAGUCGGCCCGCUCCCCACUGAAUGAGAGCACAACAGGAGAGUCUCCCGAGGCCAGCCAGCUUGAAGCUGCCGCUGCAGGUGGCGGCGCGCCCCAGGCAGAGAGUGUCAUGGCUGAUCCGUGUGGCCCGCCAGCCUAUCCUGCGGGAAGGGCAUUGCUGGGGCACAAGGCGUCCAGCUGGAGGAGGCAGGUGUCUCACAACUUUCUGGAGACCAGGUUUAAGAUCCAGCAGCUUUUGGAGCCUCAGCAGUACUUGGCUUUUCUGCCCCACCACCUUAUGGUGAAAAUCUUCAGGUUACUUCCCACCAGGAGUUUAGUGGCUCUUAAAUGUACCUGCUGCUAUUUCAAGUUUAUCAUUGAGUACUACAACAUAAGGCCAGCUGAUUCUCGCUGGGUUCGAGAUCCACGCUAUAGAGACGAUCCUUGCAAACAGUGCAAGAAGAAGUACGUGAAAGGGGAUGUGUCCCUGUGCCGGUGGCACCCCAAGCCCUACUGCCAGGCAUUGCCCUACGGGCCGGGGUACUGGAUGUGCUGCCAUCGCUCUCAGAAGGGCUUCCCUGGUUGCAGGCUGGGGUUGCAUGACAAUCACUGGGUCCCUGCCUGCCACACCUUCAAUCGGGCAAUCCAUAAGAAGGCAAAAGGGACUGAAACUGAAGAGGAAUGUUAGAGUCUCUGUGAGAGGUGACAGAGGGACCAAUUUUCAGGACUGCAGACCACCACCACCUCCAUGCACUGUUCCAGGAAGUGAUGCCUUGCAGGGUCAUCACUCUGAAGAAUCCACACUUACUCCAUCAGGACUGCCAUAGCUCAGGCAUUUUUUAACUCUUCAUUUACGAGCUGCACAAUAAAAUUGGCCACAUUGUCUUACAGUGGCACCUCACA